GAGAAAGCACUAUGGUUUACUGUUGGGGGAAAGCAGAGGAGGAGGAGGAGGAGGAGGAGCGGCAGAAGGUGAUGAUGCCGUGGUGGGACAAGAAGGUGGUUCUCCCGGUGAAGCGCGCCUGGGUCGCCAUCGCCGCCCGGGUCAAAGCCUGCAAGCACGGCCGUGGCGGCAUCGGAGUGUCCGCCAAGGUUCAGGCCGUGGGCAGAGCAGGCGAUGGGAUUCUGAAGCUUCACGACGACGUUCAAACGUGCGGGUACGAAGAUGUGCAGGUGAUGUGGGAAAUGGUGAGGAGAUCAAAGACGGAGGGGUCCAACCCAUCCGAGCAGCGGAAGCGACGGCUUGGAGGCCAUCAGCCUGCGCCUCCCGACGAACGUCCUCCUGUGACUCGGCGGAGUUGCUUCAACAUCACCACCGCCAAUGAAGUGGUGGAAGAGGAGGUAGGAGGAUUCGAACAGAGAGCUGCAGUAGCAGCUGUUCCCCCUUCAUCAUCUUCUUCUUCUUGUGCAUGACAAUAACAUUGUACUCCAACCUUGUAGUUUAAGUGUACAUAUGGGGUUUCAAGAACUUCUUCUCCGAUGUUCUCACUAAAAGUAAGUGUGAAGUAUAGAUCAAAGUUGUUCAUUUCUUCCAUUUCCUUAUAGUUAAUCGGGAUAAAGAUCUCACUUAAAAU